ACGCAUGCGCGGAGCGUUUUGCUUGACAGUGGUAAACAGACGUCAGAAGGGAGUCUUCGCCUCGACUCAAAACAAAACAAAAGCAAACAACUAUUAAAGACACCCAAGGAGUGAAUAUUUGGACCACCGGGACGACAACAACUUUUACCCAACUCGCCGACCACUUGAAUCGGCUACUUUAAGCGAGUUCUCGGCGGCUCUCGGAGGACUUUUCGGCGCAUUGUAAAACUCCGGAGUAGCAGGGGGAGCUUAAGCGGCUAACGCUACGGAGAGGCUACCGUGCUUGUUUUCAAAGUGCGGCGAGUUUUCGGAGCGACGUAGCCCGGAGGACCACCCGGCUUCAAUUUAACAAAUCCCGAGGAAGGCUUCACUCGGAAGGGAUUUGCUAGCAGACCGCAGGUCGAAGCUGGAUUUGGAGCUCCGGGCCUCGGUGGAGAGGCGUUUUGUAACCGCUUGUCGUGGCAUCGUGUGCGGCGGCACGAGUGGAAAACAUGGCAGAUGGUGACACGCGCUUGGCCGCAAUGUGGCGGAUUGUCCACACCUAAAUUGCCUUUACGCGUAUUUCUCUUAUACGCUUUUUGUUAGGAAGUAAUACUAACAGCACAUUCAUUUUUUAAACAGUAGUCGCCAUAAAAUACAUUGGAUAUUUGUAGGUUUUUAGACUUUGCAGGGCUUCAGGUGCGUCUUCAGGCUUGAACUGUCAGCGUGGAAGGUGUUGUCUGGGGACUUUUUACGUUGUUGUUUACAAAUCGUAGCAGCAGCCAGAUAAUCCCUUCACGUGUGCACAACUCUUGUAAACAAACUUUUCUACAGGAACUACUUUUUUGUAAGAUACAUAUAUAUAAAUAGAUAGAAAUAGAUAUAUACAUAUAUAUAUAUAUGAAUUUACAACACAAAAUGUUAAUGCGUUGUUCAUGUUGACUGGAUUAUUUUGGAUCAUAUUUUUUGUUUUCAGUUUAAGAAUAGCCAGCCCCAGAUGUUGUGGUGCUUUUGUUUUUAUUUCAUCCAAACAAAAGAGCUCUCGUUCCCUCCUGUAUAAAUCAGAAGGUUUAUGAUAGUUAGUAUUAAGGAGAUUAUUUGGGUUCCCUAAUCUCCAAUCUGAGGAUUAGCUGGAGCUGCUAUUGGUGUGCACAGAUUAUUACGUCUUUUUUGUAGGCUCCAGUGUGUGCAGCAUAUUGUUUUUUUCUGUAACAUCUCAGGAUUGAAGAGGUUGAUGUUGUUUUAAGCGGUGUUUUUUUUGGGGGGGCCUUGAAGUACCGAGCACCGUCACAAUGGAGGAGUCGCUAGUGCCACCCAUUGACCCAGAUUUCGAGCCGCAGAGCCGGCCCCGUUCCUGCACAUGGCCGCUGCCGAGGCCCGACAUCUCGGCUGUCAAACAGGAGACCCCGGACGGCACGGAGUCCGCCGCUGGAACCCCGCCCAACGACGAGGACAAGCCUGAGCCGCAGCCAAUCACGUCCGAGCCGGAGAAAGCGUCACCAGCGUCCGAGGGCGGAGCCAUCGCCGGAGUGGGUGGGGCCGCCGCGACGCCCAGAAAGGGGUCAUCUCGGCGUAACGCGUGGGGCAACCAGAGUUAUGCAGACCUCAUCAGCCAGGCCAUAGAGAACUCGCCUGAGAAGAGGCUCACUCUGGCUCAAAUUUACGACUGGAUGGUCAAGACGGUGCCUUACUUCAGAGAUAAAGGAGACAGCAACAGCUCUGCUGGUUGGAAGAACUCAAUCCGCCACAAUCUAUCGCUGCACAACAAGUUUCUGAGGGUCCACAAUGAGUCAACAGGAAAGAGCUCCUGGUGGAUGCUCAACCCCGAAGGAGGUAAAACGGGCAAAGCUCCCCGCCGCCGAGCUGCCUCUAUGGACAACAGCAGCAAGCUGUUAAAGAGCCGCAUGCGGGCCAAGCAGACCAAGAAACAGGCGGGCGCGGGGGCCGGCGGAGCUCUGCAAGGUGACGGCAACGUGGCGUCCAAUGGCGCAGACAGCCCCAGUUCAUCCCAGCAGUUCUCCAAGUGGGGAGUCAGCAGCAGCAGCCCCUCCUCUCGAGGCAGCCUGGACGACGCCGACAUGUGGACCACUUUCCGGCCGCGCACCAGCUCCAACGCCAGCACCCUGAGCGGGCGUCUAUCACCCAUCGCUCCAGGCCAAGAGGACGAUGAUAACCUCCCUGAGGACGGGCUGCUGGGUCGCUACACCGCCAGCUCCUUGACCCCCACGCUCACUGAGACCCUCAUGGAGGAGCUGGAUCUGAUCGACGGUCUGACUUUGAUGACCGGCCAGCAGGGGGGCGCCAGCCCCAGCACAGCUCCUGCGGCACCCCCCACCCCGCUACCGUCCGCUUCCACGCUGCUGCCUCGCGGCUCCAACUUCUCCUCCUUUCACCAGCUGCAGCCAUCGCAGACGUCCCCCCACACGGGCAACCAGGUCCCAGUGGGGGCCAACAGCAAAGAGCCCUCCACCUUCAGCAACUCACUCUUCAACCCUCUGUCCAGCUCCAGCUCUCAUGGGUCGGGUCACUACAGCGCCCACGUGCCCUCCAGCCUUGAGGCGCUGCUCACCUCGGAUUCUCCUCCUCCGAGUGAUGUCCUCAUGACCCAGGUGGACCCUCUCAUACCAAAUCCUGGCGGGGUGGGCCUUAUGGGUCUGGGGUCCUCAGUGGUGGGCGUGCGGUCUAAACCCAGUCAGCUACUGCUGGGCAAGGGCCUCGAACCCAACACGGUGGCCCCGAGGAGCCUACAGGCUCAGAUGCAGCAGCAUCUUCACCAUCAGCAGCACCAACAACACCAGCAUCACUCUCAAAUGAGCCUGGGCAUGAUCCUCGCAGGGAUGUCCCAAGACAUGCCUCAGAUGUCUGCGGUCAAAGCACAGCACGCCACCAUACCGCCAGUCGGCACUCACCACAGCGUCCCCCCGGCCGGUCCCGCUCUGCAGGGCAUGGCUCAGUUUGGCGCGCCGUCCUGCUUCCAGGCGGCACCGGACCGUCUGCCCACAGACCUGGACGUGGACAUGUUCACCGAGAACCUGGACUGCGACGUGGACUACAUCAUCAACAGCGACCUCAUGGACGGAGACAGCAUCGACUUCAACUUUGACCCCAUCCUGCCAGGAGGCCAAGGCUAUGUGGGGCCGGCCACCACGCAGGGCUCCGCCCACAACUGGGUGCCCAGCUAAAGACUUUGUCAGGACAUGUCCACCCACCCUCCCGACUCUCCCAAAGCUGACCUCAUCACCUCAUCACCGCAAGGACAAAACCACGGGCGGCAUUCCUCUAGCUAAAUAGCUACAUAAGGAAAGCAGACGCGUCUCCGUCUCACCUGCCAAGACGUGGACAAUCAGGAGACAUGGACACCAGGACAUGCAGAUGAAGCCUACUAUGCAAACACUGUCCUCCCCCCCACCUUCUCACUGAUGAUUUUAAAAGAUGUGACUUUUUUUUUCUUUGUUUUUUUUUUAAACAGUUUUUAAAGAUGUUCCAUCUUUUUGGGUGGAUGCGGUACGGCCGUGCUUUGAUUGAUCCGCCAUGCUUUGGUACCCUGAUUCUGGAUGGGAGACCUCACUUGUGGCCAGUCCCCCCCCCCCUCGACUCUCAUCCCACAGGACCAUGUCAAGCGGGAGUGAAUGGUACAAAAACAAACAAACACAAAAAAAAAAAGCAGCCGUGUGGCCGGCGACCGUCACACAAGUACGAUUUCAACUGAAGACGAUACAUUGUGGCUUUUUCAUUUUGUUUUAUUUUGGCUGAUUCAACACUAUUUGCAUUUUUUCAACUUCCAUCCGGCGUGUAAAGUAGUUAGAUGCGAGUUUUUGGUUUUUUUUAAACCUCCCUGAUGUGCUGUUUAACUAAUAAAAUGAAGUCAUGUGAUUAAUUUUUUUUUUUUAGGGCAUUUGAGGUUAAAUUGCCAACAAAUGAUGUGUUUUUUUUGGGGGGGGGGGCAUUUUCAUAGCACUUAGGUCCCCUGCACCACAGGGGCAAUAUUUGGGUUUUGACAAACAUUUCAUUGAGAUAUGUAAUGUACAAGUUGCACAUGAGGACACGCUAUGCAGAUUUAUCAAGACAAUUCAAUGACAUCUUGAAGGAAAUUUUAAACUUUUAAAACCAACAACAAAAAAAAGUGUUGGGAGCUUCUUGUCAUCACUUUCCAGUGCUAACUUGAAAGAAAUAAUAAUAAGAAAAGAAUAUAUUUGGUAAUAGCUUUAAUAUACUAGAUAAUAAAGAGAUGCUACAUAUAUUACUACUAACUUUUUUACAUUGGAGGAUGCAUUUUUUUCAGAUAAUAGCAAUUUUUCUAUACUUUUUAUUUUUGUAAAUGCAUGUAGAUGAUGUCUUUGUUUUUUUUUAACAUAACCAAAGGAACACUAAUAUUUGCAUUUGCAUGGCAUUUCGGGAGCACUGGGGCCGUUCAUCAUAAAUAAGCUUUGUGACAUUUGUGGAGGCCUCGCCAGGUUUUGUAUUUUUCUAGCUUCUUCUCUGCAGUUCUCAUCUCAAAAAAACAAAAACAAAAGAAAACACACAACCGUUACCUCUCAGGAUCGCUCGGAAGAAAAACAAAGACGAAAGCAAAACGACAACAAAAAAACAAAUGUAUUUAUUUUACAUAUGUUCUGCUGCGACUGGAAACCAACAUUUUGUGUCUUCUCAAAAGCUCUCCUGCUAUGCAUUUCAGUACCAGCUUAGCCCUUUUUUGGGGGGAGGGGGGGCUUUGUGGACUGCCAAUGUCAUAAAACACUAGCAUGAUGAUACUGCGGAGAGACAAGCUUUUCUUUAUAUUUCUUUCUCUUUUUGUAUGUGUAUUUCAUUUGCUGUUCACCGUGUACAGUUAAAUGCAUUCAAUCAUUUCACUGUUAAGCUCUUCAACAAAAAAAAAGCAUGUGUUGUUUUUUCUGCUUUUGAGUGGUGCUAGAUGGACAUGAUAUGAAUAUGGUGCAUAUCAGGGCCUUUUUCUUUCAAUUUGGUGGAAGUUGCCUGGAAGAAUCCUCUUUUUUCUAUCUAUCUAUCUAUAUAUAUAUAUAUAUAUAUGUAUAUAUAUAUGUACAUAUAUAUAUGUAUAUAUGUAUAUAUAUAUAUAUAUAUAUAUAUAUAUAUAUGUAUACACAGUAUAUAUGUAG